GCAGACGAAAGCCGCCGGCCUCGGUCCCUCCCGUCGGCGGCCGUCUCUUCCCGGACCCCGCUCGGCGAUCGGCGUCCGGAACGGAGGUCCCGGGGGCGGGGCGCACGGACGGAGCUCCGCCCCUCACCAUGACGGACUUGGAGGCCGAGUGUUUGAGUCUGAGCCUGGCCUCGGAGGGCGGCUCGCCUCCGGCCCCCCUGGACCCGGGCGGCCCCCCCUCGCUGGCCCUCCUCUCGGCGGACGGUCCCGCGCCCACGCUCUGCUCCCUGGCGGCGGAGGUGGCCGAGCCGCUCGUCAUGUUGCCGUGCGUCAAGAGCGAGCCCGAGGACCUGGAGGACCUGGAGCGCCUGGAGGCCGUCCGCACCGUGGACCUGUCCGAGAUCCAGCCGCUGUCCACCGCCGAGCUGGGCCGCGAGCAGAUCAAGAUGGAGAUCAGCGGCCUGGACUACAUCAAGGCGGAGCACCACCUGGACCACCACCUGGACCCCUUCCGGCACGUCGACGACAUGGACUACAAGUCGCACUACGAGACCAGCUGCGUGUUUGACUACAUUUCCCAGGUGAGCGACACGCUGGACUACAUCAAGUCGGACCACCACGUGGACCUGCAGUGUUACUACGCCGCAGAGCUGGGCGAGUCGGACCCGGCGGCGGCGGCGGCGCAUCCGGCGCCUCCGCACAACGCUCUGGAGUCCAUCCACAUGGCCGAGCUGCGCAGCGAGCUCAACAAGCUGCGACCCGACUCGCUGCUGCUGCUGGACGGGAUGGCCAAGCCCGAAAGCGACUUCCCGUACCAGGUGGCGCCGGCCCCGGAGGGCAAGGCGGCGGCGGCGGCGGCGGGCUCGGUCAAGAGCCCGACGGUGAGGAAGCCGCGCAACAUGCAGGGCGAGAAGCCCUUCUCGUGCACGCAGUGCGGCAAAAACUUCAGCACGCUGGGCAACCUGAAGACGCACCAGCGCAUCCACACGGGCGAGCGGCCGUACUCGUGCGCUCAGUGCGGCAAGAGCUUCGGCCAGGCCGGCAACCUCAAACGCCACCAGCUCAUCCACACGGGCCAGAAGCCCUACGUGUGCGCCCACUGCCCCAAAGGCUUCACCAAGGCCGACGACCUGCGCGCCCACCAGCGGUUGCACACGGGCGAGCGGCCCUUCGCCUGCCAGGUCUGCGCCAAGACCUUCGGCCAGGCCAAGGAGCUCAAGGCGCACCGGCUGAGCCACGCCGGCGAGCGGCCCUUCUGCUGCCCGCACUGCGGCAAGAGCUUCGGCAAGGAGGCGGCGUACCGCGACCACCUGCGGGCGCACGACGCCGACGGCGGCCCGGCCAAACCGUUCGCCUGUUCGCACUGCGCCAAGACAUUCGGCAACGCCGCCGUGCUCAAGACCCACGAGAAGAUCCACUCGGGCGAGCGGCCCUUCGGCUGCGCGCAGUGCGGCAAAAGCUUCGGGCGCCUCGGACACCUCAAGGCGCACCAGCACGUGCACACGGGCGAGCGGCCGCACACCUGCGCGCGCUGCGGCAAGACCUUCAGCCAGUCGGGCCACCUCAAGGCGCACCAGCAGAUCCACAAGCGGGAGCGCGCCGACACCGAGGGCCGCUAGACGAGCGGGCAGAAUGCCUGUUUUUUUGCUUUUGUUUUGACACGUAUAGCCGCCUCUUUGUUACCUUUUGGCGCCUUUCCCAUCGUUCUGUCUACGGCUCUUUUCGUGUGUGUGUCGGGGUGUCUGUGAAGGCCAUUAGAGCGUUUAUCCCUUAUCCUUGCUCUCCGGCACCAGGUCCAUGUACUAGUACGUUCUUUGGACGGACAUUGGGCGGGAGGGACCGAGCCCUGCCGCAAAUAGCCACAUUUAGCGAGCAAUCGGCGCCCCCCGAAAAGUUUGUAAUUGUCUGUAGACACCAAACCACAAAUGUCUUAAUCUGUGAUGACCCCCAAAAGGCAUUCGCAUAGUACAUCGAAGUGCUCAUCAACAGGAGGCAAAUGUUUCUAUUCCUACCAAGUACAGCAGAACCUCGGGUUACGGAUUCAAUUUGUUCCGUGACAAACGUUCACAAGCAGAGGUCAUGUUUCACAUUGAAAUGAGAGGAAAAGCAAUGAAUCCGUUCCAGCCCCAGAACGGCCUUAUAUUUACCUUCUUUGGAGCGUUGAGUGCUCAAAAUGAAAUACUGUUCAAUGGAGAACUUUGUACUAGUGGAACGAGGAGCAGGAAAAAAACGCUACUAGUAAGACACAGUCGUUCUACUAGUGUGCUGACUCGUCAUCCCAGUGAGGACAAGGCGCGUACUAGUACACGGGCUUAAGCUGGAUAUCCGUGAAGUGGAACAAACGCUCAAGCCGCUACAAUCGUGCGUGUAGCGUGGUGCUAGCAAACAUUCGCUCGCGUCACGUCGUUACAUGCUAGUCUGUCUACUUUUCUAUAUUUAUACGCAUCUCUCUUUCUCUCUCUCUCUCUCUCUCUAUAUAUAUAUAUAUAUAUAUAUGUGUGUGUAUAUAUAUAUAUAUAUAUAUAUAUGUAUAUGUG